AUGACUUCACAAGCUCCCCCUAAGCCCGCCUCAUCACCAGGUGCAGCUGCUCCAAUAUCGUCAUCGAUACCAAAUCUCAAAGAUCGACUGCCAAAGCUCGAACCUCGAAAGCGACGCUCUGGUCCCUCCAAUCCUACUCCCAUCCCCGAAACGCCCGCUCUUCCCACGCCACCGGAUACCUCCUCCAACUGGACGUUCAAGACGCCCUCGCGAAGAAUUCUAUCCAAAAAGGACCAUGACAUCUUCCUCUCCUCGUCAACAUGUAAACUCAUCACCGCCUGGGUUUUUGGGCUAGCAGAGUCCGUUAUCGAUACUCCCAACUCGGCAAUCCGAGAAGCAGACUUGAGCGGCCCCAUCAAAACUAUUAUACACAUCCUUGACGAGACAGAGCAGCUGGUGACAAAAUCGCCUCCAGAUGAACAGGGCGGCUCGAGAUUCGGCAAUAAGGCAUUCCGCGGUCUUCUCGACCUUGCGCAAAAGAACAGUGCAGCCUGGCAUCGUGAUAUCGGUGUACAGAACGAAGAUGCUAUCAAUGAGCUUUCCACAUACUUUUGCGAGUCUUUCGGCAACGGGAAUCGAAUCGACUAUGGAUCUGGACACGAACUCAACUUUAUGAUCUGGCUCCUCUGUCUCUACCAGCUGGGGCUAUUGAAGCAAUCCGACUUUAAGCCCAUCGUACUUCGGGUGUUUGUGCGCUACCUUGAGGUUAUGCGAGUUAUUCAGAUGACAUAUUAUCUCGAACCUGCUGGAUCACAUGGCGUUUGGGGUCUUGAUGACUACCAAUUCCUACCUUUCCUAUUUGGUGCCACACAACUCUUGCAUCACCCAUACAUCACACCAAGAGCUAUCCAUCAGGACUUGGCCCUGGAGGAAUUCGGCCAUGACUACAUGUACUUGGGUCAAGUGAGCUUUGUCAAUAGCACAAAAACCGUCAAGGGUCUACGAUGGCACAGCCCGAUGCUCGACGACAUCUCAUCGGCGAGGUCCUGGACAAAAAUUGACGGAGGCAUGCGUCGCAUGUUCAUAGCUGAGGUCUUGGGCAAGCUCCCUGUUAUGCAGCACUUCCUUUUCGGAUCACUGGUGCCAGCAGACGAUAGUAUGAGCGAGGACACCGGGGCUGAAGAUGAAGCAGAUGUCGAAGACGAUCCACAUGCGGGUCAUGAUCACACUGGCAAAGCCCAUGACGGUACCGGUUGGGGUGACUGUUGUGGUAUCAAAGUUCCCAGCAGUAUCGCAGCUGCUCAAGAGAUGAAGAAGAGGGGAAUGAACCAGGGUCUACGAAGAAUCCCAUUCGAUUAA